UGACCGCUAAGCAACGAGUUAUCUGGGCUCAAUCUCCAAACAAAAUGGCCGAAGAUGAGCAAGCCGAAGAACUUUUUGAAGUCGAAACUAUCGUUGACACCCGGACAAAGGAUGGCGUGAGGUACUUUAAGGUGCGAUGGAAGGGAUACACCCCUGACGACGACACUUGGGAACCGGAAGAGAAUGUGUUCGAGUGUGAAGACGUGCUGGAGGAAUUCUGGAAACGCAGGAGAAGGAACCGGGAACGGCGGCGGCAACAGAUACAGAAACGCAAACUCCUUGCCGAGAAAGAGGAGGAAAACAAGCGGAAAAAGUCAUCGACCAGCGAGGAUGGCGGUGAGCAUUUGGAAAAAGUCCUGCAACACGUUGAGCCUCUUGGCAUGACAAGACUUGCCAGUAAGGAGCUCGCCCUCUUCUCCUUACGCAAAGAAGGCCUUUUGCCUGAGAGACGGGAUGACAAUUACACGCAGGCGACUUCAUCAUUUUAUGAUGAUGAUGAUGAUGAUGAUGAUGAUGAUUCUCAGAAUGAUGAUAUUUCUGAGAAUAAUGAUAACGACGAUUCGCAGAAAGAUGAUGAUUUCCCGAAUGAUGAUGACGACUCUCGGAAUUCUGAUGUUGAUUCUCGGAAUUCUUUUGACGCUUCUCGGAGUGAGGACGCCUGCAAAAAUCCCACUAAAGUUUCCUCUCAGGAUUCAAGAUCACCCUUCAGUUCGCCGAUCAAUAAGCCACCGAGAAGAAAAGUUGAGGUUAUAUCAUUAUUGAGUGACACAGACGAAGAGGAGGUAGAAUCAUCCGGUGCUCAUGUUGGCUUUUCUUCUGGGCCUUUUGCAAAGGUAACCAAGCGUCCUAAAAGCUCUUUUGUCGCCGCGGGAUCCGAAUUUUGCAAAGGUAAGAAGAAUGUUACGGGUUCUUCAGAUAUACCUAACAAAGCUAGUACAUUAAAGAAGAAAAACGGGCAGUUAUUUAAGCAAGGAAAAUCGUUGUUUCAUGAUAAAUGGAGCGAGAACGGAGAGGACAGAAACAGUACAGGAAAAACGAAUUCUUCAAAUGAAAAUAUUACGGUUAGCAAUAGUGUUCGAAUGUCUGAGGGUAAAAGUGUUUUUAAACGAAAUCGACCAACUGAGCCAGCUUCUGUCCCCUCUACUGAGACAAAAGAGGCAAACCCAAAUGUCACUGCUGAUACCAAACAAGCAGAACAAAAUGAAGGAUCAAUGUCUGAAGGAACAACAAGUAAGACAAUCACUGAGAACAAAACGACGAACAUGGAGACUUUGAGAAAAGAAAUGUUAGAGUUUACAAGGUUAGAGGCGGAGAGAAAAAAUAAAGGUGAGCUGGAAAACCCUGUUGUUGGUUUGACGGCUGAUUUUAGGGAGAAGAAAGGACUGGACUCCAGUGAAAUACCCAUAGAUGUGCGUAAUUUAAAGGAUACCAUGUCGAGGCUGCCUCUUUACCGAACGGAGAAAACGUUACAUGAUGCAACUGGACUUGAAUUGGGAAUUAGGAACAACGAUGAGGUCGAGGGAGAUAUCAAAUCUGAUAAUUUGAUCUGCAAGAAAGACAUUUUUGAAGGGUGUAUAGAGGGCAAAGUUAAGGAUGAGGACGGUGAGAGCGAUCCAUUGAAAGAGAGUCACGGUGCUAAAGGCAGCCCCAAACUUGCGAAAGAAUGUAACAAAGAAACGACAGACAACGAUGAUAAUGGUAAUGAUGGUGAUGACCUUAGUCGUUCUAUUGGCGGCAAAAUUGAUGAUGAUGUGAACAACAUUAAUAACGACGAUAAAAAGUCUCUAAAAAGACAAUCCCUGCGACAACAUUUUUUCAAUGAGGAAACAGAAGCUCAGACUGUCCAGCCCCCAAUAUGUAUCCCCUCCGAGGUUACAUCCUCAGCCGGUUCACAGGGCGACCCCUCUAAGGAAGCAAGAACAUCCCAGACUGUGUCUACCUCCAACAGUGUAAAUCCCAAUACUGAAGACAAACUUGUCGUAAAAUCCAUCGAACAGACGGGUAUUGAAAAAAAUGAUGACUCUGUAGGAAAGAUGGCCUAUAAUGAAGCAACUAAGGAUCCGAAAUCUAGCCAGAUAUUAGCGGCAUCAAGUGAUCAGCAGAAGUCAGGAAUUACCCCUAAAGGUCUGCUCAAGAAAUUCCAAGUCCUAAAAGCGAAAGUUGGGAAAAUGAAUUUGGGAGCGCUGUCUAAUUCGCUGGAUAAACGAGAAUUGUCUGAAGGUGAUGCUGACAAAGAUGAGAAAGAAAAAUGUAGAGAAGCGGAAAACAAACGUGAUCAGGAAGAUUCACAAGAUAAAUACAAUUGGAUAGAGUCUUUGGACAAAAAUAAGCGUGAAGGAAUAAAACCAGGGGAUGGCUCGCGGAAUGAUGUUGGCAAACUGGAAAAAGGCCAUACUGAGGCUGACAAUGAGAUUUCCAGUGAGGUGUCACAGACAAAGGACGAUGAUGGAGAGGAUAAAUACCUUAACGAGAAUGCUUACCAUACUAGAAAGGCUGGUCAUACGAUCUUGAGUGGUGUAUCUAGGGCAGAGGACGCGAGUGGAAGCGAUGUAAACCACAAUGAGAAUGCUUGCCACCCUACAAAGGCUGGCCAUAAGAUCUCGAGCGGGUUAUCUAAGGCAGAGGACGCAAGUGGAAGCGAUUUAAACCACAAUGAGAAUGCUUGCCGCCCUACUAAGGCAGGCCAUAAGAUCUUAAGCGGGGUAUCGCAGGCAAAGGACUCCAGUGGAGGUAAUGAAUACUACAAUGAGAAUGCUUGCCAAAGGCUGGGUGGUGGGGAGGAACAUCAGGAUGACGAGCCCAGAGAGCUUGGAGAUCCCAACCAGAAUAAUAGUGAAGUGACGAGCAAGGUAGCGGAGAAGCUUAAGGAAAACCAGCAAGGAAUGAAUGAGGAUGCUGUUACGUUAACAGUGAGUAGAAGUUCCUAUCAAAACAAUGGCUCCGAUAUUGUGUGUAAAGAAGGCGAUGAUGAAGAAAUUGCGAAAGAAAUUUCCUCAACUGCUGUGGCAACGGAAAAUAUGGAAGCCGUAAUCGACAAAAGUUCAACAUGUUUAACUUCUCAGGAGAGAAAUCCGGAAAGUUUUUGUAUCGCCCCAUCUGAAAGGGCAAAAAAAGGGGCACGAAAAACCGUUGUGAAAAAUAUGAAGGGAGGAGGAGGAAAGUCAAAGGGAGGCAAAAGGAAAUCACAAGACAGUUCUGGAGGGGCUAAGACAAAUAUUACGGUAAAUGGUAAAACGGAUGUCGGUCACGAUGGCCGAGGAACAUUAAAGAAAAACGCGAAUGGGAUUUCAAAAAUGUCUGCUAGUAAUAAGAAGGCGAAGAAACUGCGAAAAGCGAGCUCCUCUGAGACUAACACUUUUUCAUUCAUAGAUAAUUUAUUUAUGGUCGAGGAGGUACCGAAAGUAGGGAAGAAAGUAAGAAACAACACGAAGAAAGAGUCAUCCGUUUCGGAGAAUGUUGGGAGCAAAGUCACCGUCGGUGCACAGAGCAAGAAAAGAGUAGUGCAAAUGCCAUCGGUUUCGGAUGAAGAUGUAAACAUAGGGGGGAUGGACGGAGAUCUGAUUGGAUCGAUUUUACAACAAGAGGCGUUGCCAUGGCGACUGAGUGAAGAAAAAACGAAACAAGAAAAAUCUAAGGCCUGCACUUCGAAUGACACCCUUGAAGAAGCAGAAGAUCCCCUUGACUUUGUCUUCGACUUGGACAGCUUCCCCAUCGAGCGGCUCGUCUAUGAUGUGGAGAUGACUGCCCUCCAGGAGGUUCCAUCACCAGAAGUCGAGUCCAGGAACGUACCGAUAAGCCGGCUCAAGCAAGCUGUCAGAGAAAGUGACCUCGAUACAAUACGAGCAGCACUGGCGUCAGGAUACUACGACCUUGAGAGAGUUGACGGCUUAUCUGGUAUGAGCCUGCUCCAAUGGGCCGCUGCCGCUGGUCAAGACACCGUGGUCGAAUUGCUACUGAGGCGGAGAGCCGACGUGAAUGCGACGCAGCGAAACGGCUCGACGGCGUUGAUGCUCGCUUGUGAGCAGGGCUCAGCUGAAACUGUUGACAUCCUUCUGAGAUGCGGAGCGUGCAUCAAUAUGCAGACGAACAAAGGCGAGACGGCACUCAUUAAGGCUUGUGAAAAAGGCCAGACGGACGUAGUUAAUAUUCUGCUACGACAUGGAGCAGACACCCAGCUGCACUCGAACUCAGGCCCCUCGGUCCACCAGCUCGCCCGCCGAUCUCUGCAUCCUGAACUAAUGUCAUUACUGGUCGAGCAUGAAGCCAGACUUGCCCAGGCCACCGAAGCUGCUAUCUCAUCGUGUGCGGGCGGCACCAUUUGCCUAUGUGCACCCCCCGUAUUUCCCUACAGAUGCUUGGCGCCUCAGGAGGGAGCACGGUUCACAUUCAAGUUUGACUUCUCCCCGGGGCGUUACACACAAGAAACAGAAAUUGUUGUGUUCUGCAUCAAAGCCGACUUCAAAGAUGACAGACUUCUGUUGACAUUCUCUGGGGACAACGGGGUGCGGUCUGUCCAUCUGAAUGGCGUGAAUCAACUCCCAAUACUUCAUGGGGUUCGAUCAGCGUAUGACAUUCUCCCCGAUCACGGCCAGAACGAGCUGAUCAUCAACACCCACCACUCCCCGGCAAGACUUAUCGUAUGUGCCUACGCCUUAAAGUCGAAGCCAACAAGCUGACCACAGUUAUCUUAAAAUUUUUAAUCAGGAAAAAUAUGAAGUCAUAAUACCAUCAUGGUUGGAUAUUUGGCCCUAGGAAAUUUUUUUAUUCCUUAUCUGGAAAGGUGCUGAAAUUUGUUAUCAUUAUUGGUAGGAAAAAUAAGGGCAUAAACAUCUUUUAAAUGUAUUUGGGGAUAUCUGUAAUAAGAACAGAUUGACACGUCUUUUAUAAAUAGAUCCUAAAAUCUGUCAUGUCAAAGCUAUAAAAGUAUUAAUGAUACAAUCAUGAGAUGUUAUCUCACAAGUAGCAAAGUAUUUAUAACCAGAGAUGGUGUUGCCAUAUUGGACUUUGGUUUGAGAAGUAUUUUAUAUUUAAAAACAAAGCAUGAACAUUUUUAAGGGCACGAUCUCGAAAUGUAAUUCUUAGAAGUUUUGUAGAUAUGUCAUUAUGAGUAAAAGUUCUUACAACACU